GACCAAUUAUUGGUGAAUAAAACCUAUAUUAAUAUUUGUUCUUCAUCUUUACACAAACUAGUAUAAGAGCUUUAACAUCAAAAAACUCUUUCUGUAUCUUCUUUCUUCAUUUCCAAAACCAUUAAACAAAACAUUUGGCCAGAAGUUGAAACUUUUGAUAUCUGAAAUGGAUUACAAGGUAUCAAGAAUUGGGGAGAUCGUAGAAGGAGAAGUAGAAGAUUCAGAGAAGAUUGAUUUGCCACCUGGUUUCAGAUUUCACCCAACUGAUGAAGAACUUAUAACUCACUAUCUAAGACCAAAGGUUCUAAACACUUUUUUUUCUGCUAUAGCUAUUGGUGAAGUUGAUCUCAACAAGGUCGAGCCAUGGGACUUGCCUUGGAAGGCUAAGAUUGGGGAAAAAGAGUGGUACUUCUUUUGCGUACGAGACCGGAAAUACCCGACCGGUUUAAGGACGAAUCGGGCUACUAAAGCCGGUUAUUGGAAAGCUACAGGGAAAGAUAAAGAGAUCUUCAAAGGGAAAUCUCUUGUUGGUAUGAAGAAAACUUUGGUUUUCUACAAAGGAAGAGCUCCUAAAGGAGUAAAAACCAAUUGGGUCAUGCAUGAAUAUCGCUUAGAAGGCAAAUAUGCCAUCGAUAAUCUCCCUAAAACCGCUAAGAACGAAUGUGUUAUUAGUCGUGUUUUUCAUAAACGGGCAGAUGGUACGAAGGCGCAUAUGUCCGUCGGUUUACCUCCGCUGAUGGAUUCUUCCCCAUAUCUAAAGAGUAGAGGACGAGACUCUUUUGCCGGAACCACCCUUGGUGGUUUGUUUUCUAACAUGACCUGCUUCCUCGACAAAACAACCGACGACAAGAGUCUUGUGGUCGAGUUUAAAGACGAUUUUAAAAAUACCAUGUUCGGUUCGGCAUCGACUAAUUUGAUACCAAACAUUAGUUCUCUGCUAGACUAUGGUCCUCUGUUUCUGCAAGACAAUUCUUCCAUACUGAAGAUGUUGCUUGACAGUGAAGAAACCCAAUUCAAGAAGAAUCUUCAGAAUUCUGGUUCCUCGGAGAGUGAAUUAAUCGCGAGUUCUUUGCACGGUCACGAUCCUUGUGCUUCAACUGGACCAGUGAAUCUUGAUUGUGUUUGGAAUUUCUGAUUUUGGAAAUUGGAACAUUGCAUAUCGGUUGUAUGGGAGAAAAAAUAGGAGGUAUAUAGGUUUAACAGUAUAUGUGUUAUGUGUUUGCUUUAGAAUCUAGAGUCUAAAGACUCAGGAUAUACCAAAAUUCUUGUAACAUUUUGUAAAAAGAAUCAUUGUAGUGAAAAUCUACUCACUUACCAUUUGGAUUAAUCACAAUAGUUUCAAUUUUAGAGGA